CACCCCGCAUCUCUUCCCCGCAUCUCUCUCCCGCAUCUUGCUCCCCGUCUUCGAUCACGUCCUCUUUCGCCUGUGCUCUUCCUCGUCCAGCAUUGCUUCCUGUCGAUCCGACUCGUGAUCCCCCCCCCCUAUCGACAACUGCAACCUCCUGUCCAUAGUCUCCGUUGGUUGAACUUACGCCCAUCUCCCCCCAUCGCAUCUUCGCUCUCGCCUCCACCACCGCCCCCCAUCCCCACCGGCCAUGCCACCCGUGAUCCAACAUGUAGCCAGCGCAAAGCACCAUUCUGUUCACUCUGUCUCCUCUUCCCGCCCCAUCGCGGAUCCAUCGCCUGGGCUGCAGCCCAAUCUCCAGUCCUCGCGCAAGAAGCGUUCUGCCCAGGUUCUCUCCAGCGGCCUGGAGAGCGCCGUCGCCCACCUCAGCCUUGCCGAGCCGACCCCUGCCUGGCCUGACCGUGGCGAUCAUAACGGCCACGCAUUGGCUCCACCCGCCGCACAUGUCCCUGUCUCAAGCCCCGCCGAUUCUCCAGAGCGGGGUGCUGUGCCUUCCAAAGAGUCUCCUCCCCACAAGCGCUAUCGCCGCGACACAUCGCCAAAGGCCGCCGUCUGGGUCUCGAUCCCGAGCGCAACUAACCUGCGCCUGACCGACUCCAGGCCCGAGACCAUUCAGGAGAUGUGCUCUCACUUGGACAAGUGGAUGAAGAAGCUCGAGAAGUGCCUCAAAGACGGCGACUGCCCGUCCGCUGUCCUGUUCCUCAGGGCUCUGACCGACGGCAUCCUCGUCCAGGCUCCCCUGCUGCUUCCCUGUCUUUCGUCCCAGGUUAUCGAGGAGAUUCAGGACUCGUGGGACCACUCCACCCUGGUAUACUGGCGCAACAGACCUCUCAAGGUCUCGCAAAUCAAAACGCUGCGGUCCUGGGUGGCCGACUGGAUGCAGACACCCGGCUACCACUUCAUGCAGCAGUCUGGCAUCUCGCUGUUCCCUGCCGACCUUCAAGAAUGGCUCUACCGAAGCGAGGCUGAGCGUCUCGAUCGCUUCAAUGACGAGUUCGAUCUCACCCAGACGAGCAACGAGAUCGAGUCGUGGAUGGACAUGGACCACCCGGCUCUGCUCCGCGACCACCUGCGCGCAUAUCCCACUCCGCCAGAAAGCUCAUUCCCGGCCAACCAGUACUUCGACAACAUCCAAUACCCUCUUGGCUACGAUUCGUGCUCCGAUGGCGACCUGAGCAGCGGCAGCGGCAGCUGGUCGUUCGACCGCAACGCUUUCUCUGGCAGCUUUUGUCUGUCCGGCUCCAACGACUCCCUCAACAGCCCUUCCGCCGCCGCCGAACACUGUACCGACUCGUCCGUGAGCCAAAGCAGUCGCUCAUUCUCCCAGGACUCGGACCGGACCCUGAUAAACAACGACGGCGACGGCUACAGCGGAAACAAUGCUGAUACCGAAAUCAAUUCGCUGUGUUCCAAGUGGUCUCUCCUCUCAAUCAGCGAGCCUCCGUCCGCAGAUGCUCUGUUUCCGAGCCACACGCACUGCCCGGGCAGUCUUGAGUUCCGCAACGUCUUGCGCAAGGCUAUCCACAAGCUGGAGCUGUCCUUCCCCAUCGUCGAUGUGGGUGCAACCAGCACAACCAACACUCUGUCCGGCACUGGCCAGGACUUUGUGUCUGAUCCGCUCAUUGCCUCCUUCACACUGACGGUCAGCAACUCGUCAAUACGCACCCAAGCCAGCUUCCAUGAUUGCUUUCAUUCCCUGUCUGGAUUCAGUUCUGGAUCGUUUGGUGACGACGACAAGCGACUGCCCAGCUACCGCGCCAGGCGGUGGCAAGACAUCUGGAGAUACCUGGACACCCCGCGGUCGGCGCUGGCCUCGGGCUCGCUCCAGCAAGCUCGCACCACCAAGAACCGUCCUGAUGCGGGGUCGAUCCUCCACGACCCGAAAUCCGGACAAGACUGGGUCGUUUACGAACUGGAUGUCAGCUUUAUUGCCGACGGCAAGGCCAUGGUGAACGGCUGGCUGAAGCGUCUGGAGUUGCUCGCCAGAUAGCCAGCGAUGGUCGAGACGGUCGAGAUGGCCGGACGCCCUGCGCCAACGUCUGUGUUGGGCCAUGGUGUCCCGCUUUCCAGCGUCCAUAAGCAUACUUUUUUUUGGCGGAUAGAUGGCUUCUUUCCCAUCCUCAUCCUCUUGCACUGUCCCUAUUUUACUGGAUUUGUGUCCUUCCUUCCUUCCCUCCUUCCCGUUCUCUGUCGGUCCUGUUCUCCUUUCUGCAUGAAACCUGCUGGCUGGAAGACGGCAAACACACACAAAGCGGCUCCAUGAUGAAGGUGCCAUGUGUUUGCACAAGUCGAUCUUCCCCUCCCCGCCCUCGCCUCUUGAACCUUUUCCCUCCUGCAUGUUGUUGCUUUCGGGAACACAGUCUUGAAUACACCCCACCCGGUCGAUAUCC